CUUUCCAGAAGAAAAUGACCAUGAAAAAUGAAUCCACAGUAAAUGAGUUUGUCCUCGAGGGAUUGACAGACAAACCAGAACUCCAGCUGCCCCUCUUCCUGCUGUUCCAAGGAAUUUAUGGAGUCACUGUAGUGGGAAACAUGGGAAUGAUCCUCCUCAUCACUUUCAAUUCCAAACUUCAAUCUCCCAUGUACUUUUUUCUCAGUAAUUUGUCAUCCCUAGAUCUCUUUUACUCCUCAGUUGUUACACCUAAACUCCUAGGAAACUUUUUGUGGGAUAAAAAUGUUAUUUCUUAUAAUGGGUGUAUGACUCAGCUUUUUUUCUUUUGUGUUUUUGCUAUUGCCGAGUGCUACAUGCUGACUGCUAUGGCAUAUGACAGAUAUGUUGCUAUCUGCAGUCCACUGCUCUACAAUGUCACCAUGUCCCAAAUGAUCUGCAAUUUGCUGGUGACUGGGGUCUAUAUCAUAGCACUUUUUGCAGCAAUGGCUCACACUAUUUGUAUGACUAGACUUUCUUUCUGUGGGGACAAUGUCAUCCAUCAUUACUUUUGUGACAUAAGUCCUCUCCUAAAGCUGUCAUGUUCCAGUACACACAUCAAUGAGCUCUUAGUGAUGCUUGUAGGUGGAUUCAAUGUGUUAACCACAACUGUGCCCAUUAUUAUCUCUUAUGCUUUUAUACUUUCCAACAUUCUUCGAAUCCCAUCAGCUGAGGGCAGGUCUAAAGCUUUUGGUACUUGUGGUUCUCAUCUCACAGCUGUUGGGGUUUUUUAUGGAUCCAUCAUAUUCAUGUAUUUUAAACCAGCAUCUAGCAGUAACAUGUCCCAAGAGAAAGUGGCUUCUGUGUUUUAUACUACAGUGAUUCCUAUGCUUAACCCUUUGAUCUACAGCUUGAGGAAUAAGGAUGUAAAAAAUGUUCUCUGGAAUGUUAUGGGCAUGAAGUGUAGAUCAUCCCAGGUUCGUAGUCAUAACCAUUAA